AAGCAUCGCCAGUCCGCCGCGGGGAACAGCGGACGUCGCCCGAUCCACCGUCCCUCCCCUCCCCCGUGGGGUGAAUGUGGGUGAGGCGGACAAGGGGAGCAUCGAGCCCCCUCAAUCCCUCUCUGCAUCGUCGUGUAUAAAAUCCAGGGACAUUUCUCAUCGCAUAUUUUGAUAAACCAUAUUCAAGCAGGCUCUCGUACCUAUUCGCCAACAGGACCACGUACUGCCCCCGCCUUCGAACGAACAUCGUCAGCUGCACGCCCAUCAUGGCCAUGGCCCAGGUCCAGCUCCCGGAGCCGUUCGCCAACAUCCCGCGGGAAUCCUUCCUCUUCGGCCCCUCGCCGAUACAGCAUCUUCCUCGCAUGAGCGCCGCUCUGGGUGGCACCGUUCAGGUGUACGCAAAGCGAGAGGACUGCAACUCCGGCCUAGCCUAUGGCGGCAACAAGACGCGCAAGCUAGAAUACCUUGCGUCCGAGGCACUGGCCCAGGGCUGUGACACCCUCGUGUCGAUAGGCGGCGUGCAGUCCAACCACACGCGCCAAGUGUCCGCCGUGGCCGCCAGGCUGGGGCUCAAGGCGGCCACCGUGCAGGAGCACUGGGUCGAGUGGUCCGACCCCGGGUACGAAAAGGUCGGCAACAUCCAGCUGUCGCGGCUCAUGGGCGCCGACGUGAACCUCGACCCGUCGGCGUUUGGCAUCGAGCACAAGACGACGCUGGCGCGGCUCACCGCCGGCAUCGAGGCCGAGGGAGGCCGGCCCUACUACAUCCCCGCGGGGGCGUCGGACCACCCGCUCGGCGGCCUGGGCUUCGCGCGGUGGGCGUUUGAGGUCGAGGCGCAGGAGCGGGAGCUGGGCGUCUUCUUCGACACCGUCGUCGUCUGCGCCGUGACGGGCUCGACCAUGGCCGGCAUGGUGGCCGGCUUCAAGCUCGCGGCAAAACAACAGCUCGGCGGCGGCGGCGGCCGCUCCCCUGCGCGCCGCAAGGUGAUUGGCAUCGACGCCUCCGGAAAGCCCAAGGAGACGUUUGACCAAGUGCUGCGCAUCGCACAGUUCACCGGCGCCAGGAUUGGGCUGGCCGACGGCGACAUCACCGCCGAGGACAUCGUCCUGCGGGACGAGUACAACGCCGGCGUCUACGGCAUCCCGGACGAGACGACCAUUGCCGCGAUCAAGUUUGGUGCCCAGACGGAGGCCUUCAUCACGGAUCCUGUGUACGAGGGCAAGAGCCUCGCGGGGAUGAUGGACCUGAUCAAGACGGGGCAGAUCGCUGGCGGCAACGUACUGUACGCGCAUCUUGGCGGGCAGCUUGCCCUGAAUGCAUACUCGGCGAUUGGAGAGUAAAGGUGCCUCGGGGGGCAAGGCGAAUGUCAGCCUCGUUGGAGAUGUCCUGACCAGCUGAGCGGCGCAUGAGUCUCUGUGGCAAUGGCUCCAACGAUGAUGAGGGGUGGGUAGAAAUUUUGUCUAUGAAUUACGUAUAAAAAGCUAUGUUCUUCUGUUUUUGUUUUUGUUUUUCUUCUGGAC